ACCUCUAGGCUGUGAUGCAGUUCGUGCUUCAGACGAUCCAUUCCGUUCACACACACAGACACACACGCGCGCUCAGUGUCACUCUGCAGCUUCACACACAGUGCGCGCGCCCUCAGCUUUACGCGUCCGACAUCUGCAGAAAUCCCGACUAACCGUAUCAAGCCAUCGAUAGAGGUAGCGCUCUUAGCGAGCCAAGGGGAGCUCUUUCAGUGACAGAAAUGUCCCGGUGUACUGUGAGAUCUGAACAAAAUGUGGAACACAUGUCCGGUCCUAACUGAAGCCUCCGUUGAGAGCUGGGAAUCUUAAAGGAAACCCGCAGACGUCUUUUCUCUCGUUUGCGCACACAGCGGUUUGUAUAUGCAAACGGUGGUUCACUUCAGGAAGCCAUGGAGGGACUCGUCUAAGGAGGACCCAACAUAAUUGUCUUUUUCCAGUUGUCUUCUGGUUGAUUUUCGUCCUUACACCGCUUCCUGGCGAGAGUUGCCUGUCUGUCUCCACAAGCACAAUGGCAGAGAAGACUGGACUGGGGGUUCCGAAACCUGGAGGCAGAUCCUCGACUUCGCUUCCACCUGAGCCUAUCGAGAUCAUCCGGACCAAGGCCCGCUCCAGGAGGGUCCGCAUCAACGUCGGGGGCCUCAACCACGAGGUCUUAUGGCGGACCUUGGACCGGCUUCCCAGAACCAGAUUGGGCAAGCUCAGAGACUGUAACACCCACGAGUCACUAAUGGAGGUCUGCGACGACUACUGCCUGAAUGAGAACGAAUACUUCUUCGACAGACACCCCGGCGCGUUCACGUCCAUCUUGAACUUUUACAGAACUGGAAAGCUGCACAUGAUGGAGGAAAUGUGCGCUCUGUCUUUCGGGCAAGAGCUCGAUUACUGGGGCAUCGAUGAGAUCUACCUGGAGUCGUGCUGCCAGGCUCGCUACCAUCAGAAGAAAGAGCAGAUGAACGAGGAGCUGAGGAGAGAGGCAGAGACUCUGAGAGAAAGGGAGGGAGAGGGGGAAUUUGAUAACACCUGCUGCUCAGACAAGAGGAAGAAACUUUGGGACCUUUUGGAGAAGCCAGGUUCCUCAGUUGCUGCUAAGAUAUUGGCCAUCAUAUCCAUUCUGUUCAUCGUUCUUUCAACAGUUGCACUGUCCCUGAACACCUUGCCCGAACUCCAAGUGACAGACGAAUUUGGCCAAGCCAAUGACAAUCCUCAACUCGCUCACGUUGAAGCCGUGUGUAUCGCAUGGUUUACAAUGGAGUAUCUCCUGCGCUUCCUGUCAUCACCAAACAAGUGGAAAUUCUUCAAAGGGCCACUAAAUGUCAUUGACUUGUUAGCUAUAUUACCCUACUAUGUCACUAUUUUUCUGACCGAGUCGAACAAAAGUGUGCUGCAGUUCCAGAACGUGAGGAGGGUGGUGCAGAUAUUCCGCAUCAUGAGAAUAUUGAGGAUUCUGAAGUUGGCGAGACAUUCGACAGGACUGCAGUCUCUUGGAUUCACCCUCAGGCGCAGCUACAAUGAGCUCGGCUUACUCAUAUUGUUCUUAGCCAUGGGAAUCAUGAUAUUCUCAAGUUUGGUCUUCUUUGCAGAGAAGGAUGAGGAUGCAACCAAAUUUACCAGCAUCCCAGCUUCGUUUUGGUGGGCUACAAUCACCAUGACGACAGUGGGCUAUGGAGAUAUUUACCCACAGACUCUGCUUGGCAAAAUAGUUGGUGGACUUUGCUGCAUUGCUGGAGUGCUGGUCAUUGCCUUACCCAUCCCUAUUAUUGUGAAUAACUUCUCAGAGUUCUACAAGGAGCAGAAACGACAGGAGAAAGCCAUCAAGAGAAGAGAGGCCUUAGAACGAGCUAAGAGGAACGGAAGCAUUGUCUCAAUGAACCUGAAAGAUGCCUUUGCACGAAGCAUGGAGUUAAUGGACGUUGCCGUGGACAAAAAUGACGAUAAACAGCCAAUGGACAACCACCUUUCUCCGAGCCGGUGGGAUAUUCCACAGCGCACAUCCUCGGAUACCAGCCUCAGAUCCUUUGACAAGAAGUUUCCUGACAGCGGCCAACACGGGUCACGGGAAUACGUCACGGGAACUCCUAGUCCACAGCAUCUGAACGUUCAGAAACUGGAGGAAAUGUAUAACCAGAUGACAAAGACACAGUCCUUCUCGGAUCUCAGCACAACCAACAGCACACAACCUGUGGCCGUGUCAAAGCAUGAGGUAGAGUUGGAGAUGAAGGAAGUCCCGACUGCCAAUGAGGGGCAACCCAAGGAAAGAGCCAUCACGGAGGUCAGAAGCAUAUCGAGCGUUGACAGCUUUGCAAGCUGCACUGCUGAAUUUGGACAGGGUGAGAAGGCAUCCACCCCUUCUAAUACAGCAGAGCAAAUUCAGCAAAGGCAACCGAAAGUACCUCUGAAUAUUCAACUCGGCCAGCUGACCCCCUCUGAAAUAAGUCCCGUGGAGAACUCUGGGACUGUCAACCGAGACACUGACCUGCAACCAGAUGGUGAGAACUUCAACGAGAUUGUAGAGAACAUCAGAAGCUCCAUUCGUGGCACGAAUCCAAUGAAGACAAAGGGCCUCAAAGUCAACUUCAUUGAAACGCCAGAGGAUGCUCCUCUGACACCGCCUAACACUUCUUCUCCACAGGAUGUCAACAACAGUCUUCUGGAAGAUGACUCCCCGGAGGGAGAGUGCUCUCCUCUCUGUUCGGAUUCGGAGACGCUGGGUAGUAUCCCAAUAAAAGGCUUGGUUCUUUCUCCGAAGAUGCUGGCCGGCAGAUACCAUCCGGGUGAGACGGCACUGCUUCUGGGGAACCUGGAGGAACAGGAGUACCAUGAGGAACAGAACCAAAUGGAAGUGGCUUCCGCAGCCAUCUCCUCACCCAAACUAGCAGCACAGAACUGCACUGUCGGUGUAGUCAGUGGUAAUGAGGAGGAAAAGCCAGACUCCAACCAAACUGAACACAAGAUGGAGAACCACAUGUUUACGCCCGAGAUCCAUCUAAUGCCAGGGGAUGGCAAUCACUCGCCAUCUUGCGAAACCGGUAUGUGACUGUGGCCUGACAUUUGGACAGAAUGGAGCGCACUGGGGGAGAAAAGGCACGCAGAUGUGGUCUGAAAGAUAUUUUUGCAUGGCAUGAAAAGUCCCUUGUAAUUGUGUUAUUGUCAAUAGCGCAAACGAGACUGCAGUUCUUGCAGAUGAGACCUGGAGAAUGUGGGUGCAAACUAGAGGCUUGUUUAGAAUGUAUUUACCAAACAAUGAGGACAUCGUUGACCUACCUGUACAUUUUACCUUUUCACUUGUUUUAUCAUUUUAUAGAGACAGUCAGAACAUGAGCAUGCAUAUUAACAAAGCUGUUUUACGGUGCUUAGUUUGCUGAGAGCACUCCACGGUAAAUAUAGAGACUACAGCAAUGAAAAUGCACAGAGGGCAAAGUAGAUAUCAAAAGGGUUUUUUUGUUAGCCUUUUUUCUGUUUUAAAGAGGGAAUUUUUCAUCAAAGACUGUGAAAAGUGAGCUGCAAAGUAGCGACGUAUUGAAACAUAUCAUGACUUUCUUUAGAAAAGCAAUGUGUACCUAAUGCAGAUGUGUUUUGUGUUACGAUUUAGGAAUGGUCUAUAAUAUCACAUAUUUAUUUGGGGAUUUUAUUUUAUUCAUUUUAUUAUUUUUGGUUUGGUACUCAAAUUAGCAGCAUCAAAAUCUUGAUUUAAUGAC